AUGAUCUGCUCCCGUGGGGGGUUCCCCCAACUGCAGCACCUCGUACUUGAUUCACUGGAGAAUUUAAAGAGGUGGGUAGCUGUUGCGGGGACUAUGCCCCGCCUGAGGAGCUUGAAGAUUUACGGAUGCAGAAAGUUGGCCCUGCUUCCGGAAGGGUUGCAACACAUGACUGCUUUGAAGGACCUCACUCUGCGUUAUAUGCCCCCUGAAUUCUGUUCUAGAGCUCGGAAUGGGGGAGAGGACUGGCCCAAAGUCCGGCACAUACCUUCAAUCAUCAUUGAAGCCAUUGGAGGAUCCUUCUUAAUCCCGGAGGAUGGAUGCACUGUGCGAAGUAUGUAAGCAUAAUAUGAGAAGGGAGGAAGGGUGGUUCCGGGAGGCGGAAGAGGGGGGGUGAGCCACGAAGGUCUUUUAAUCUUCGUCAUCGUCUUUGAUGCACUUUCGCUUUUGUCCUGUGAGGAGGGAGGGGGCUCGUUUUCCCCCUUCGAGUCCUUUCUGUUGUUCUUUCUUCUUUUUGCGAACCUUCCCAUGAUUAUAUUCUCCGAGCUGAUGUAAGAUUAAGCUCUGACUGCGGCUUCUUCAGUCCAGUUGAUUCGUCCACUCCGCUUGUAUCAUGUGGUAGCUGUUCCUCGCCAUGCUUGUGCAUAUAGCGAUGAUUUUAAGGUCACUACGAGGCCCAGAACAAUAGAACGGGCAACAAACAGACUGCUAACAUUAGCUGGCCUCUGUUGGAAGCUCGCGAUAAUGGGAUUUGAUCUCGAGUUAGGGUUUUAGGGUUUAUCCAAUCUGUGAAAAUGCAAGGCAGCAGUCGUGGAACUGUUAGUCUCUUGAAUACCGUCUUUAGUUUCUACGCGUACGCAUUUAAUGUGAGCCUUUGUUUGAUCAAUGGUGGGGCCCCGCCAUAUCUGCUAACCUCCCUCCCCACCGUCUUAGUCGCAUUCAAACCACUCCUCAAUCCGAAUUGUCGGGGGCUUGUGAUCGUAGUUGGGGAGGAUUGUCAACGUCCGUUCCGUUGGCUCGCGAGCUCAUUUAAGUAAUUCAGACCAGGUGGUUCUCCGUCUCGUCCUCCCUCGCCACGGUAGAAAGAUAACGCAACAUGUGGACCCCGCGGGCCCAUGUUUUCCUACGUGUUCCUCGGUUCACGUGAACACUGGACCCCGCCGAUCGCUAUUUUAUACGGAUCGCUUGACUACUGGGCCGGGCCCAUUAAGGCGGGCGGCGUACGCGACGGGGCACAUAAGAAAAAGAACACGAAGGGAUAACACACUUCGCGACGGCGAACACACAGGAACUUUCGUUUAAAUCCGUCGCAAACAUUUAUAGUUACAUCUGUACCAAGUAUAUGAUUGGAAGGGGGUAGCUGCCAUGCAGCUAUCGGGUUCUCUAAGAAGAAUAGUGACGUGACGCAGGCACGGGGAGCUGGGACUAGAGAAGGAGGGGGGGGUGUGGCGGUGACCAACGGAGGAGACGGCGGCUGGUGGCGGCGGCGGGAAGUGAACCGGAACUGUCGGCCUGCGCCGCUCGCUGAUCGCCGCCGUACGGUCCAUUGGGAUGGUCAGGAGGAAGAGCAAUUGAACGGACCGAGGCCCACUGGGGCAGCGGCCGGCAUGCGGGAAGCCCGCCGGAGGUGGGUGGGUCUCCGCUCUUGUUCAGACCGCAACCGUGUAUCAUCCUUCGGUUGGACACGGAAGACGGUGCAUCUUUCCCUGCUUCGGCGGAAGGCACGGCUUCACAAUGAAGCUGUCUGGUGAAGGCCAUUUAGGCCCAAGGCCCAUUUCUCAACCGAGCCGAUUCCUUCUCGAUUUCUCCACUGGGGCAUUCCAGAAAAUGGAUCGAUCACUAACGAUCGGUGCGCCUUGAGAUCGGAACCAGUAGUGGUCAACCCAUUGACCUGAUUUGGAUUACAAGUUAUGAAUAACAUAACUGAACAGCAGACCACAUAAAUACCCAUGCUGGCUGUCAGAUGAACUGUGUGGUACCAAAGAACAUGUAGGAUCUCUAAUCUAAAAACUUUAUGCGUUCCUAUGUGAACUAAACUCAUUUUACUUGUCUAAUAAAAUAUUUAUUUAAUAUAUUAUUGGGGAUAAAUCAUUCAUUUAUUUAUUUUACAAAUUAAGUUGAUCAACUCACGUUAUGAAUCUCAAACUAACCGAUAGGUUUAUCAUUCACAAGACUCAGAAAUAAUUGCGAAAAUUUGAUUUAUCUUGCAUGUAUAUAAUCAGGAUGACAACUAAACCAUAA